AUGGAGUCGCCGCUGGCUUCGCUCCUCUGGCGCUCCCUCCGUGUUUACCAGGUUUUCGGCGCGAACACAGACGUCGGCAAGACCAUCUUCACGACGUUGCUUGCCCGGACGGUCCAGAAACUCUGGAAAGACGAGCAUGUAGCCUUUCUGAAACCUGUUUCUACUGGCGCAGGGGCUGAGUCUGAUGACCGGUACGGCAGCUUAUAUCUAACUUCAUCGGCCAGGCAUAUAAGCCGGUUUGCGCCAGGAGUAGCCCGCAGCACGCUCUACCAGUACGACGUACCGUGCAGUCCUCACGCUGCAGCAAUCGCAUCCGGAAGAGUAAAAAGCGGCCCGCCAAGUGCAUCUCGAAAACCAACAAGGCUAACUCGUCAGCAGCCCAUCCCAUCAGACGACGAACUACUGGCCAAGUGCCGUGUCUUUGCCGCCCAGUGUGCCACUAGAAACGGCUGGUUAUUUUUGGAGACUGCCGGAGGCGUGCAUUCUCCUGGACCAUCUGGCAGAACCCAAGCCGACUUAUACAUCCCCCUGCGAGCCCCGUCUCUCCUGGUCGGUGACUCGAGGCUCGGGGGUAUCUCACAGACGAUUUCGGCGUUUGAGUCACUCCGAAUCCGCGGCUACGAUGUGGAAUCUGUGCUCCUGUUCCAAGAUGGUAAGUAUGGAAACUAUCUCUAUCUCCAGGAGUAUUUCCACAAGCAGUACAGCAUCCCCGUCGCCAGCGUGCUGCAGCCGCCCGAGAAACACGAUGACCCGGAGCAAGAUGCAGAGGCCAUGAAAGACUACUACAAUCGCAAGGACUUGGCUGAAAUUACCGACCAAGUACUGCGAACGCUGGACCGCAACCAUGCCGCUCGCCUGAGAAACCUGGACACAAUGGCCACGCGGGCGAGCCAACACAUCUGGUACCCGUUUACCCAGCAAAGCCUCGUCGGACCCAAGGACAUCAUGGCCAUUGACUCGGCCCACGGCGACUACUUCCAAACGCUUGCGCCGCCCCCAUCGCCCCCGUCCCCCGACACACCUGUCCUCCGUUCGUCCUUUGACGCCUCGGCAUCAUGGUGGACACAGGGUUUGGGUCACUCUAACCCCAAGCUCACAAUGGCAGCAGCCUAUGCUGCCGGCCGCUACGGCCACGUCAUGUUCGCCUCGGCCGUCCACCAACCCGCCAUGGCUCUCGCGGAAACGCUCCUCGAAGGCAUGAAGAACCCGCGCCUCAAGCGAGUCUUCUACUCUGACAAUGGCAGCACGGGCAUAGAGGUCGCCGUCAAGAUGGGUCUGCGGGCGGCGCGCAGGCGCUACGGCUGGGACACGACACAGAAACUGGGCAUCCUGGGCCUCAGGGGCUCGUAUCACGGCGACACCAUGGGCGCCAUGGAUUGCUCCGAGCCGGGCAUCUACAACGAGAAGAUUGAGUGGUACCAAGGCAAGGGGCACUGGCUUGACUACCCUACCAUCCUGUGCAGGGACGGGAAAUGGAGUGUUUGCGUCCCGGAAGGGCUGCAGGACAGCUUUGGCGAGGGAAGGGCAUACCGUUCGCUGAAUGAGAUAUUCGACGUCGCGGGCCGCGAGGCCAACGGCGAGCACGACACGUACAAGGCACACAUCGCGUCUACACUGCAACGGCUGAGAGAUCAGGGUCACAGGUUCGGCGCCCUGAUGCUGGAGCCCGUCGUCCUGGGCGCAGGAGGCAUGGAACUUGUGGACCCCUUAUUCCAACGCACCCUCGUCAACACGGUCCGCGAAUGCCCCCAUCUCUUUGGCGAGCCAGCCCUCUCCGCGUCUGGUGAUCAAGACCCCAACGAAUGGGCCGGUCUUCCCGUCGUCUUUGACGAGGUCUUCACGGGGCUCUACCGCCUCGGUCGCUUCACCUCUUCCUCCUUCCUAGGAGUGCACCCCGACAUUUCCGUCCACGCCAAGCUACUCACUGGCGGUCUUGUGCCGCUCUGCACGACUCUUGCGUCGGAAAGCAUCUUCAAAAUCUUCCUGAGCCCCGAUAAGACUGACGCGCUGCUUCACGGACACAGUUACACCGCGCAUCCGAUUGGGUGCCAGGUUGCGUGGGAGUCUGUCAGGGAAAUGCAGGGUAUGGAUGAUCGUGGGGAAUGGGACUGGGCGAAAAAACAAGGCUGGACGCAGUCUUUUGGCCAGAGUGAAUCGCAGGUCCAUGUGUGGUCCACAUGGCCGAGGCAGUUUGUAGAACGGCUAUCCCAUCAGACGGACAAGGUGAGUGGCGUCUGGGCACUGGGGAGCGUCUUGGCAAUCCAUUUGAAGGAUGAAGCCGGCGCAGGGUAUAGUAGCAACGCCGCGCUAGGGUUGAGAGAGCACUUGGGUCUGGGCAGAGGGGACGGAGAGAGCGGUCCUUGGAACGUGCACAGUCGCGUGCUGGGGAACGUCUUGUACGUAAUGGCCAGUCAAGUUACGUCUGAGACGAGUGUCAGGCAGCUUUCCGAGUUGCUGAUGGAGGGCCUCGCCGGGAGGCAAGUGAUAUAA